GGAGCGCGGAGCCCCGAGACCCGCAGCGGCGGCCGCGGCCGGACCUGGCCGAGCGUCGGGCAGGCCGAGGGGGGCGCGGGGCGGCGCCCACAGCGGCGGCGGGGCCGGUGGAGCCAGCGGCGACGGGAGCGAGCCAGGCUGACUCGGGGCGCCCUGCAGGCGGGCGGCCGGGCCUGCCCCGUCGCCAUGGACCAGGACUACGAGCGGCGCCUGCUGCGGCAAAUCGUUAUCCAGAAUGAGAACACCGUGCCGGGUGUGAGUGUGGCAGAGAUGAGGCGCACCCUGACCCCCGCCAACUCGCCCGUGUCAUCGCCCAGCAAGCACGGGGACCGCUUCAUCCCGUCCCGCGCCGGAGCUAACUGGAGUGUAAACUUCCACAGAAUCAAUGAGAAUGAGAAAUCGCCCAGUCAGAACCGGAAGGCCAAGGACGCCACAUCGGACAAUGGCAAAGACGGCCUGGCCUACUCCGCACUGCUAAAGAAUGAGCUGCUGGGCGCCGGCAUCGAGAAGGUGCAGGACCCACAAACAGAGGACCGGCGGCUACAGCCAUCCACGCCCGAAAAAAAGGGGCUCUUCACGUACUCCCUCAGCGCCAAGCGCUCAUCCCCCGAUGACGGCAAUGAUGUGUCUCCCUACUCCUUGUCUCCUGUCAGCAACAAAAGUCAGAAGCUGCUGCGGUCACCACGGAAGCCCACGCGCAAGAUCUCCAAGAUCCCCUUCAAGGUGCUGGAUGCGCCUGAGCUGCAGGAUGAUUUCUACCUCAACCUGGUGGACUGGUCCUCACUCAAUGUGCUCAGCGUGGGGCUGGGCACCUGUGUUUACCUGUGGAGUGCCUGCACGAGCCAGGUGACGCGGCUCUGUGACCUCUCUGUGGAAGGCGACUCGGUGACCUCUGUGGGCUGGUCUGAACGGGGGAACCUGGUGGCCGUGGGCACACACAAGGGCUUCGUGCAGAUCUGGGACGCUGCAGCAGGAAAGAAGCUGUCAGUGCUGGAAGGUCACACGGCCCGUGUUGGUGCUCUGGCCUGGAACGCUGAGCAGCUGUCUUCCGGGAGCCGGGACCGCUUGAUCCUGCAGCGGGACGUGCGCACCCCACCCCUGCAGGCCGAGCGGCGGCUGCAGGGCCACCGGCAGGAGGUGUGCGGCCUCAAGUGGUCCACAGACCACCAGCUGCUGGCCUCAGGGGGCAAUGACAACAAGCUGCUGGUCUGGAACCACUCGAACCUGAGUCCUGUGCAGCAGUACACAGAGCACCUGGCCGCCGUGAAGGCCAUUGCCUGGUCCCCUCACCAGCACGGGCUGCUAGCCUCGGGGGGUGGCACGGCUGACCGCUGCAUCCGUUUCUGGAACACUCUCACGGGACAGCCGCUGCAGUGCAUUGACACUGGCUCCCAGGUCUGCAAUUUGGCUUGGUCCAAGCACGCCAACGAGCUGGUGAGCACUCACGGCUACUCGCAGAACCAGAUCCUGGUGUGGAAGUACCCAUCGCUCACCCAGGUCGCCAAGCUCACCGGCCACUCCUAUCGCGUCCUCUACCUGGCCAUGUCCCCCGACGGAGAGGCCAUUGUCACCGGGGCCGGAGAUGAGACGCUCAGAUUCUGGAACGUCUUUAGCAAAACUCGUUCGACAAAGGAGUCUGUUUCUGUCCUCAACCUCUUCACACGGAUCCGGUAGAGCGGGCACUCCUGCUGCCCUGAGCCCCUCAUUAAAGCCUCAUUUUCCAGCCUCUGCACCGCUCUCUGGGACGUGCUCGGGGCGUGCACCUGCACCUGUUGGAAUUGGCACUGCUCUGGGCCGGGUGCCCAGAGAUCCGCCAGCAAGUGGGCAGCGCAUCUUGGGAUGAGAGCUAGGGGAGCCCCUCCCCACCCACCACUGCCCGAGUCAGCCCAGGACUGGCAGCCAAGCCGCCGAGACCAAGUCUGGGGUGGAUCUGCCUGCCUAGCCCCACGGUGCCCAGGACGUGCCAGCUGGGCUCCCCGGGCUUGGCCCUGCCCUCUGCCCUGUCCCUAGCUACACGGUCACCCUGCUACCUCCUGUCCCAGCGGGGUACGGCCGUGUGAGUGCAUGUGUAUAUACGUAUCUGUGAUGCUCCAA